UUGGAAGCGCAGGUUGCGUGAUCAAGUUAAGUUGAAGUCCGUGCAUCCAGACAAAUCUUAUCUCAUCAUCAUGUCUUACGUGGUAGAUGGAGAAAACUAUCGUGGAGGAUAUGCCUCCAGUGGUCGAAUUACACCCGAAGAUGAACGCAUUGCCAUGGCUUACGAGAAUUAUGUGCGAGGCACGGUCGUGUUUGUUUUGAUAUUUUUUGCUACUUUGCUAUUCCUCUCCGGUUUAACCUUCUUCUUGAUGUGCUACACCAGGUACCGAAACACACGGCAACCUAAAGCUGGGUUUUACAAUCCGCCGCCCAGGAUUAUGCGAUACCCCAAGAAACAAAGCAAUGGAACUUACAGCACACUGACCCGAUCCACGCGAUCCGACUAUGAAACGUUGCCUCGUCAGGUUAAUUCGAGAAUGUCCGCGGCCGCAUCUCAACAAAGUGAGAUGCUUUGAACAGCCCGGGCUUCCCUUUUUUAUUGCAACAAAAUCAAUAAACACUGUAAAUUUAACUUCAAUUUACUGCCAAUGAAUAAAUAGUAUAGACAUUCGUAAAACAUGGAUGAAAA